AGAGAGAAACCACACACGUGAUCAGUGCGGGAAGAGUUUCAAACAAUCAGCAAACCUUAAGAGUCACAUGAAGAACCACACUCGAGAUAAACUGUACUCAUGUGAUCAUUGCGGGCAAACAUUUUUGAGGGCUCCAAACCUGAAGAAACACCUGAGAGUUCAUACACAGGAGAAGCCACAUUCAUGUGAUUUGUGUGGAAAGAGUUUUACAUUGCCACAAACUUUGAAAUUACAUCAGAAACGUCAUACUGGUGUGAAAGAGUACAUGUGCUUUGAGUGUGAAAAGACUUUUACUUCAGCGGACAGUUUAAAACUGCAUGAGAGGAUUCACACUGGAGAGAAACCUUACAAGAGAUUCAAUCGGUCAGGAAACCUGAAAACACAUGAGAGGAUCCACACUGGAGAGAAACCGUAUCACUGCACUGCAUGUGGGAAGUGUUUCAAUCGUUCAUCUGCUCUACACAGUCAUACAAAAAACAUUCACAGUAAGUAGAUCAUCUUCAGAUCCAGCACUUUCAGAUCUAAUACUGCAGUAAUGCUGCAAGCAAUAAAAUAUCACCUGGAUAAAUCUGUCCUUACCAGACAUUACAAGCAACAUGACAGAAACAAGUUUUCACAGUUAAUAAAGUUCAUCUUCAUCUUCAAAAGCAGCAGAUUCAACUGAGAUUCAGAUAAACUCAAAGAUGGAGUUCCUACCCAAAGAACAAUGUCGUUGUAAUGUUUUAUUAUUGUAUAUCAUUUUGCUUCAUGAUAUAAAUGUUAUACUUGUAAUUUU